UUGUGUGAAUUUGCUCAAGCUUCUAAAAAAAAAACGAAAAAAAAGAAAAGCUACUAGUUAGAAAAAAGAAAAAAAGAAAAAGAAUUUCAAGUUUGCAGACUACCAAGGUUUUAUUAGAGGUAUGUUCCAAGGGCGGGAAAUCUAAACUCGAGCUCCUCUCUCGCGCCCUCAUUAUCAACUCAUAAAAUCUGGAUUGGAUUUUCCUGUUAUCGUUUCUUCACCACUUAUUUUUCAAUCAGCUCUUGAAACCCAAUUGGACUUUCUUUCCAGUGAAGAAGAUGGGUUGGUCGCACCCAGACAUAUCACUGACAGAUCUGUUGAAACUGAUCAAAGGGUUUGUAGACAUCUUGAUUUUGGCAUCUGGGUAUCAAUCAACUGGUAAUCUUGCUCACUGGGACGCCCAAAACAUCAAGAAAGUAUUUCAAUGGGGUCUGUUCUUUGAGAAUGUAUUUAUGCGCUUGAGCCACUUAGAUGAUUACCAAGACUCAGUAAAGGAGCUUGAUGCUGCUUUAUCUGAAAUGACAUCUAAUCCAAACUUCCCUCAGGGUCUUGCACAUCUAUCAUCUGUCACACUUAGUAGAGCAAGGGAUUUUGUAGUAAAACAGCUGAUCCAUGCUCUACCAAUGAGGGAUCCACAUCUCAGAGCUUCUAUAUUAGCAACCAUUGAGAUGGAUCUUGAUGAGCUUCAGAGAACAGAAAGUGAUUACCUUCAUGUAUAUCUCGAGAAGUUGAUUCUGCAAAAUAGCUCAUGGGAUCCAGUUUUGUAUACGAGGGAUUUCUCGGAGGACUCAACAAUUUCAUCUCCAAACAUUCAAAACAGGAAAACUCAGGAUUGCAUUAGUGGCGAGUUUACAAAGUUUACUAUCCAAGAACUCAGAAGGAGGCAAUUGGUAGUGUCAUGCAUAUCCUCAGCGGAGACUGGGUUGGAUAUUCUCUCUAAGAUUAUAAGGCAAACCAAAUGGACUGAUUCAGACAUUAGCUUAUUUAAGAAACAAUCAAAGCAUGCCACAGCUUCUCUGACUGAAGAGGAAUUGGUAGAAUCUGUCACGUGGAACCACUGGAGAUCAGGGAAUCUUUCGUAUUUGCUUGACAAGAGAACUAUUGGAUUGGUUUCAGGUGCCAGCAUGAUUUUCUCUGCUCCUAAGAUUCAAUGGAUUCAUGUGUUAGAAAGGCUAAAAGUUUCUGUGGAUUCCAGUAAUUGUGAUUUGCAUGAAAUAAUCGAGCUCCUGUUACUAGGAUGUAUUGCAAGCAGAUGGAAUUCUUUAAUUGAACAUUUUAUGUCAGUUUCUAAGGAUUCUCUCACUAUUUCAAAGCAAUACCAUGAAGUGCACAAUCUACUCCAAGUGAAAUUUCAAAAUCGUUACUCUAAAGAGGAAAUGAUAAAUUUGAAGGAAAAAGGUAUUCUCGAUUAUCUGGAGAAAUUGUUGGCUGGUCAACUUCAUCAACUGUGGAAGCUAUCUCCUGCCCUUGGUGCAGCUGCAAUUCCUUCAUGGUCGCACUUGUUCAGAUUAUAUCUAAGCGAAUUGGAGUGUCAAUUCAAAGGAGAUUCUCCAACAAUUAGAUGCUGCAGUUGUAUUCAAGAUAGAAAGGAGCACAAAGACUGUGAGCUUGCUGAGAGGAUUUGGUGCCUUCACAUCUUUCAUGUUCGUGGCUCCCAUGUAAUGUGUCCUGCAAACGUGGCUUGAAAGUCACUCAUUACCAUGUCAAUAUUUGACAUCUGAAGUCAAGAUUCAUUCAUAUUAGGGAGACAAGCAAUGCCACUGAAGAUAUUUCAAGAUUUUCAAAGGAGACUGGGAAAUUUGAGCAACAUCACAGCAACCCGCAAUCCUGUUAGCCGAUUUCGUGGGUAAGCAAGCACAACAAGAGCUCUUUUGAUGUUUUUCCUUCAUGGUGCACAGAACAAACAUGGCCACCUGUAGAUUGAUUUUCUCAUGAUGACUUGUUAUAUGACUUCCACGGAAGGAGAAAUAUCAGUAUCACCCGUGUCCCGAAUCGUAGAAAACAUUUAGGGAUGGUCAACCACCAUUUUUGUUUCUGCUACUAUCAAAAAGGUUAAAAGGUCCAUGUUGCGGUUAGAAGGUACUUGUUAGAUGUUAAUAUUUCUCUUAAUGUUUGGUCUUUCUGUUGUUGUCCAUUGUGGUUAGAAAUGAAAUUCUGUUGAUUUUUUGUAAAAUUUUCUCCAUCAAUGGUUGGUGGUGUGUCGUUUGUGAGGUUCUGGAAGCCACACAGAAUUUUAUGCCGGCUAAUCAUAUGUUUUUUUCUCAUGCA